CUUCCUCAUCCAGUGUUCUGUCCUAGCGCCGCCGCCGCCCCAGCUCGCCUUGCGUGACUGAGAGCUCGUCGGCUUCCGUCCACGCGUGAAGCGAGAGCAUGGACACCCAGGUGAAGCUUGCUGUUGUGGUGAAGGUGAUGGGCAGGACCGGCUCCAGGGGUCAGGUGACCCAGGUCAGAGUGAAGUUUUUGGAUGACCAGAACCGGCUCAUCAUGAGGAAUGUCAAGGGGCCCGUUCGCGAGGGUGACAUCCUCACCCUGCUCGAGUCCGAGAGGGAGGCCAGGAGGCUGCGCUGAAGCCCUAGCGUUCUUGGUGGGCUCUUGUAUGGUCUUUGGUGUCUUGGAAUUUGUGCUAUGUUUGAACUUCUGUGACCCUGUUUUAAGAGUAGUAAGCCUGGUUAUAAGAUUGCAGUUUUGUUUAUCUUGGUUGAAAGUGCAAUUGGUGUUGAGACAUGGUUAUCCUUGCUAUAUUAUCUAUAAAACGACGCAUGCAUUGAAUAC